CUUGACAGACCUCCGGCGGUGGUGGUGCGUGCGUGUGUGUGCCCUAUCUGUGUAUAUCGCUCAUGUAGCUGUCAUGGCACUUUUGUAGUUGGGAACUCAUGUCUGGCGAGGAACUGAGGCUCAUCGAAGCAAAUGUGUUCAAUAUGCCCGUUCAGGCCAUCCGUAAGUACAGGAAGGACAGUUCAGAAGUGUGCUGCUGUCUCAAGUAUUUCAUCUUCGGCUUCAACGUCUUGUUUUGGAUGCUUGGACUGUGCAUCCUUGCAGUCGGUGUUUGGGCCUGGUCUGAAAAAUACACGUUCAGCAACCUCGGGAAGCUAUCACACGUCGCCCUCGACCCCGCACUCGUUCUCAUAUGUGUUGGUGGAGUGACGUUUAUCAUCGGGUUCACAGGCUGCGUAGGUGCCCUGAGGGAGAACACCUGCCUGUUGGCAGCAUAUGCCAUUUUUCUUUUCAUUAUCCUGUUACUUGAGUUGACUGCAGGACUCUUGGGCUUCAUUUUCAAAGACUGGAUAAAAAUGCAGGCCACCGAUGGGUUCCAAGCAUUCAUUAUACAUUAUAGAGAAGAUCCUGAUCAGCAGAAUCUCAUUGACUGGAUACAAGAAGACUGGUUACAAUGCUGUGGUAUAGAAGGUCCAAAAGACUGGGAUAAAAAUAACUAUUUUAAUUGUUCGUCGCAAGCUGUUGGAAGCAGGGAAGCCUGUGGAGUGCCAUUUUCUUGCUGCAAGAGAAAACCAAAUGAAAUUAUUAAGAAUAAGCAGUGUGGGUAUGAUGUAAGAAGGAAACCAAGUGAGGGCUUUAGCUUUGAUGUCUCAAAAAUUAUCAAUGAGAAAGGUUGUGUGCAAGCUGGAGAAGAAUGGGUCGAAAGAAACCUUCUUGUCAUAGUGACAACUGCCAUCACAGUUUCCUUUUGCCAGAUACUUAGUAUAUGCUUCGCUCAAAACUUGAGGGCAGAUAUAUAUGCACAAAAGGCUAAGUGGCAUUGACAUAAAGUUCAGCCCACAACCAUUUAGUGGUCAGUGGGCCAUCGGUAUGUGUUCAGGGCUUAUAGAUGCCCAUUUGUUCUCCCUAACACCAUUAUGUACCAACAGUUUCAACCAUCCAGUCCUUGGUAUUUAUUUUGUGCUCAUUAUAUAAAGUUUUGUAAUUGAUAAAUUGUAAAUAAUAUGAAUGUAUAUUAUAAAGUAUACUUAUAUAUUAUAUGUAUAUAGGCAUAUAUCUAUAUGUAUAUUAUUAAAUUUUAAGAUAUAAUUUAAUUGUGAUGAGACAUGUGUUUGUAAUUUAAUUGACAAAUUUUUGUUGUUAGUGAUAUGUGAAGUAAUGAAAAUGUAAAAGUACGACUAUUUAUGAAAAUGCCCGUGUGAAUAUGUGUAUAUGUAUGUUUAAAAAAAUAAGAAAACUCUUGAAUUCUAAAAUACUGGACAGUAUGAAAAAUUAUUUAACAAAUUUUAAUAAAAAAAGUUCUUUCCUA